CCCAAAGUGCUGGGAUUACAGGCUUGAGCCACCGCGCCCGACAACUUUUUCCGGCUCCCCUGCAAUCGCUAGGAGGUCUGGGCUGGCCCAUGGGAGGUGAAACACAUGGAACUGAGCUGAGCCACCCCAGUGCUGUCAAAGCCAUCCUAAACCAGUGGCCUGAGACACAUGAGAAGAGUCCAGCCAAGAGCUGCAGAGCCACCUAUCCGGACCCACAGAUCCACCCCUCCGGACUUGCAGAUCCACUCCUCCGGACCCGCCGAUCCACCCCUCUGGACCUGCAGAUCCACGCCUCCGCAUCCGCAGUUCCACCCCUCCGGACCCGCAGAUCCACCCCACCGACCCACCCCUCCGACCUGCCGAUCCACCCAUCCGGACCCACAGAUCCACCCAUCCGGACCCACAGCUGGCUGUAGAUGCAUGAGUCCUGAAGAACCAUCUGGCCAAUGCACAGACACCAGAGAGCCUGUGCCAUCUCUCUCUCCAUAUGUACACACCAAGGAAAAGCCAUGUGAGGGCAGAGCCAGAAGCCAGUCUGCAAGCCAGGAAAAUAGUCCUUACCAGAACUCAACCAUGCUGGUGCCUGGUCUUGGACUUCCAGCCUCCAGAACUGUGAGAAACAUGGGGAUCGCUGUCCUUCAAGACCUGAUGGCCAGUGUCUGGAACACCAUUGCUUUAUGGAUUUUGAGUGUUUUCGGAGUCAUUUCAGGAGCCCCACCUUGCUUAGGAAGAUCAAGCAAGAGCCCCAAGUGGAUGGCAGACUUUCAUGGGGUUUGUCCUCACUCAACUCCCCACAUCACUCAAGCAGCUGACCUGGAGCCCAGAUGAGCAAGGUCCCAGACACUUCCAGCCCGCAGAGAGCA